AUGGCGGCCAUCGCGGCAGACAAACUCAUCGCCCGCCCACUCUACGUCUUUGAUUUGCCAGAGGAGAUCUUGUACACGCUACAGUUGAAGAGUGAACAAGCAAACCCUCCCGAGCAGCCACCUUCAUUGUCGCCAUCAUCGCAGCUUGAAGCUCGAACAACAUCCGAACAGUCAGAAGGCGCCGUAUCUGCGACAUCCUGCAAUCUAUGCGGCCUUGCAUUCACCUCACUCGCCGACCAAAAGAGUCACAUUCGAUCCGACCUGCACGGCUACAAUCUCAAACAAAAGUUACGCGGGAAGAGUGCGGUUGCUGAAGCGGACUUUGAGCGUCUAGUGGGCCAGCUAGACGAGAGCAUAUCCGGAUCCGACUCGUCUGACUCGGAGGAUGAAGAAAGUGAUGAGUUUGGCGCCGGCGUUGGUGCUGCAAAGGCAAAGGACUCGACCCUCAGCGCGUUGUUGAAACGGCAGGCGAAGAUCACGGAUGGAGAUGCGGAGGAUGCACCGAGCAAGAGACAAAAGCAGGGAGCUGGUAAGCCACCAAUGGUGUGGUUUGGGACCUCGAAGCUACCCUCAAACACAUCACUCGGAGUAUAUCGCGCUCUGUUUCCCAUUGCAGAACAGGACCAGGAGGGCAAAAUUGGGGAGACCAUUCGGCAGAAACAACUCGCGCCAAAGCCCGCGCCUCAACACCAGAAGAAGCCAGACAUGGAUGAAGAAGAUGGUGGAGUCCGGCUGCCAGCUUCGAUGAUCCAAAAAGGCACCAGUGCUUCCGGACCGCACUACUUUCUUUGUAUGAUCGGUGGAGGCCAUUUCGCAGGCAUGAUUGUCUCCCUCACCCCGAAGAUGACCAAGAAAGCUGGAGUCGAGGAUAGAGCCGCCACUGUCAUCGCACACAAGACUUUCCACCGGUACACUACACGUCGGAAGCAGGGUGGCUCGCAAUCCGCAAACGACAAUUCAAAGGGCAACGCACACUCUGCUGGUGCCAGUAUUCGAAGGUACAACGAAUCAGCAUUGACUCAAGAAGUCCGUGAUCUAUUACUCGAGUGGAAGGACUUGAUUGACAGCGCGGAACUAAUCUUCAUUCGUGCUACUGGAAGUACCAACCGGAGGACACUGUUCGGGCCGUACGAUGAUCAAGUCCUCAGCCACAAGGAUACUCGACUUCGAGGGUUCCCAUUCAACACUCGUCGUGCUACUCAAUCUGAGCUUAUGCGAGCCUUUGUAGAACUUACAAGGGUCAAGGUGAAUGUUGUAGAUGAAGCGGCUGUAGCAAGAGAAGCAGAGGAGGCGGCCGCAAUCGCUGCUGCGAAGGCUUCGGCAUUGGCAAACAGCAAGACGAGCACUCCCAAAGCGGCAAAACCUUCCAAGGAAGACGAAGAGGCCACACUGCAUACAACGCAACUUCAAGCUCUCAUACGGCGAUCGAAGGCUCCCGGUCUACUAUCAUACAUCAAAUCAAGCAAUCUCACCCCGGACUUUCGCUUUUUCCCGGCCGAUCAGAAUCACCACGCACCGACUCCACUCCAUCUCGCCGCAUCUUCAAACAGUCCUGCGUGUGUCACAGCUCUUUUAAGCAAGGCUGGUGCCGAUCCUAGCAUACGCAACGAUGAUGGCAAAUCCGCAUUCGAGAUUGCUGGGGACCGCGCUACUAGGGAUGCCUUCCGUCUUGCACGUUCGCAGCUCGGGGAGAGUCGAUGGGACUGGGAUUCCGCUGGCGUUCCUACAGCUCUUUCCCAGGCUGAAGUUGAAUCUCGAACUGCGCGCGAGAAGGAGGAAAAGGCUGCAGAAGAUGCAGUGGAGAAGGCACGGCGACAGGCCGAGACUGAGAGGUUGCGAAUGGAGGACGCUGCGAAGGAGACUGCUGGAAAGGAGAAGAAGUUCGGGAAAGGCAGAAUUAUGGACGCUCCGCCAUUGACGGCCCAGGAGCGACGAAUGGAGCAAACCAAAGGUAUGAGCGAGGAGAUGCGUAUGAAAUUGGAGAGGGAGAAGAGGGCCAGGGCUGCCGAAGAGAGAAUGAAGAGGUUGCAAGGGAAGUAG